CCGCCUAAGAGUGUGUUUGGAGCUCCUGCUACUGCUGACACCAAUGCACCUGCAGCACCUAUGUUCAAGAGUGUGUUUGGAGCUCCUGCUACUGCUGACGCCAAGGCACCUGCAGCGGAACCGCCUAAGAGUGUGUUUGGAGCUCCUGCGACUGCUGACGCCAAGGCACCUGCAGCAACACCGUUCAAGAGUGUGUUUGGAGCUCCUGCUACUGCUGACGCCAAAGCACCUGUGGCAACACCGUUCAAGAGUGUGUUUGGAGCUCCUGCUACUGCUGACACCAAGGCACCUGCAGCAGCACCUCCUAAGAGUGUUUUUGGUGCUCCUUUGACUGAUAAUAUUCGUGGAGAGGUAUGUAGUUCUGUGAGUGGUGAUGAUGGUCUAUCAGGUGCUUUGUGUAAUCAUGGUUCUGGUAUUUCUGUUUUUGUUCCACCUGUUAUUCCGUCCAUGGAUGAUGUGGAUGAUGUGGUCUCAUCGUUGGUCUGCAACAUAAGGAAAGAAAUUCCAUCCUUGUUUAAGAUUCCCAUGGUCCCCUUAAAUGAUGAUACUGAUGGUUUCUUUGAUAAUGGUAGCAAGGGUGAUGAAAAUAAUGCUUUAGAUGUUGUAAAGAGUACUGAAAGUGUGUACGACGUAACCACUGUGGUGAGUACGUUCCAGCAUAUGUUGGAAACAUUUAGAACCGAGUUAAUAUCAGAUUUGAAAAAAGAGUUCCAACUCGUUUUACCCCCUUGUAAAGAAGGUGAGUGCGAUAAUAGAACAAUGUCUUUGACGAUGAGAAACAACGCAAGGAAUAAAACCACAUGCGGUGAUGAUGCUGGACGGUUAUAUGCAAUGCGAGCCCAUCUGGCAAAUGCGUUUCGUAAACAGUAUUGA